AUGCUUGCAAGAAAAGCCCUGGCGAGUGCCCAGUCGGCAUGUCCCCGCUGUGUAUCCCGCACUCGCGCCUUCACCACAACGCCCCUCCUCUCCAGGCAAGUCGGCAAAAGCAACAAACCCUGGGACGCCUCCUCAUCCCAGAGAAAAGGCCCCAACAGCUUUCGCAAUGACGCCAGACCAGGCGACAGGCGGCCCCCUUUCAGGCCCUUCCGACAAGCUAGAGAACCUCUACAGAUGACGGCGGAGCACUUUCGUCCCAAACCACCUCCAAAAGCUACCCAGGUGGCUAGGAUCCUCAUCGAGAGGCUGCCCGAGUGGGCGCACUCCGAUCGAGCUUUUGAAGCGCUCGCAGUAUAUGGUAUAGCGCCCGAUAUUGCCAAGAGAAUCGCUACUACCUGGUUCAAAUUGGCCAAAAAGGGCUUGGGGACGGCUACGACAGAAGACGAAGCGCUCUCCGCGCUUGCCGCCGGAGGCUGGGACGCCCCAGACCUCAUCGCUGCCCUACACGAAGAUAGAUUCGCCCAAGCCCUCGAAUCUUCCGCCCUACGGCAUUACCUCACAUACGCCCUGGCCACCCCGCACCUCACUCCCGUCCAGAAAUCCCACAUCUCCCUCAUACUCAAUACCACCGACAUCUCCCGUAUCGCCUAUACCGAGUAUACUAUCGCCCGCGCUGUCAAGCGCCAUUUCCACCUCCACAUCGGCCCCACCAACUCUGGCAAAACGUAUAACGCUUUAAAAGCGCUGAGCAAUGCGAGUUCGGGGGCUUAUGCGGGGCCGUUGAGGUUGUUGGCGCAUGAAGUAUGGGAGAGGAUGAAUUUGGGGAGUGUGGGUGGUCUAGACGGGAAGGGGAGGAGUUGUAAUCUGAUCACGGGCGAAGAGCGGAGGAUCGUCGACCCCGAUUCGGGGUUGCUGAGCUGUACGGUCGAGAUGCUGCCUCUCGGCGGUCUCGACGGCGAACCGUUCGACGUGGUGGUCAUUGAUGAGAUCCAGAUGCUCGGCGAUGCGAACCGCGGCGGGUCUUGGGCCAAAGCGGUCCUGGGCACGGCGGCAAAGGAGAUUCAUUUGUGUGGGGAUGAAACGACCGUGGAGCUGCUUCGCGGUAUGAUCACCUCCCUCGGCGAUACCCUCACCAUCCACGAAUACAACCGCCUCACCCCCCUCCUUGUCGGUGACGCAUCCAUCGAAAAUGAUUAUAGCAAGAUCGAAGAUGGGGACUGUGUCGUCACGUUCUCGAGGUCGAGUAUAUUCAAUUUGAAGAGGGAGAUUGAGAGUCAGGGGAAAAAGUGUGCGGUGGUGUAUGGGGCGUUGCCGCCAGAGACGAGGGCGGAGCAGGCAAAGGAUUUCAAUGAUGAGAAUGGGUUGUGCAAGGUUUUGGUGGCUAGUGAUGCCGUCGGGAUGGGGCUAAACUUGAAGAUUAAGAGGAUCAUAUUCGAAGCCCUCUCCAAAUUCAACGGCAAAGAAGAAGUCCCCCUCUCCCUCAUGCAAGUCAAGCAAAUCGCCGGCCGCGCCGGCCGAUUCAAGACUGGCGCCGACAAGAACAUUGCAACCCCCGACGAAGCGCCCGCUUCCGGCGGCUACGCUACCACCCUCAAACCCGCCGACCUCCCCGUCCUGCGCAAAGUGCUGGACUGGAAACUCCCUUCCAUCGCGAGGGCCAAGAUGGAUAUCCCCACCAGCAGCCUUAUCGAGCUCGCUGCCCUCCUCCCCUCCAGUCUGACAUACGGCGACUUGGUGAAACACUUUUCCACCCUCGCCAAGCUGCCUCCUUCUACCGUCGUGACCGACCCAUUCAACAAGCUCGCUAUCGCCGACGUCAUCGAGCCGUACCGUCCAUUCUUGUCCAUCAGCGAGAUCGAUCUCUUUUCGUUCGCGCCCCUGAGCUCGAGGGAUGAAAAGGCGAAAGAGGUGUUUAGGAAUUUGGUGGAUGAUUAUGUUACGCUGGGGUGCGUGACGGUAGAGUCUAUAUACUCUACUACCGACCUCCUCCCAACGCUUGACGACGUCCUCGAAACACUCCAAACCCUGCCACCCUUAUCCGAAACAGCUAUCCCAGGGCUCAUCAAAAACAAAAAAGUCCCACCCCUCAUCAUCAACGCACUCCCCAAACUCGAAACGCUCCACAAAUCGCUCGUCCUCUACAUCUGGCUCAGUCUCCGCCUCGAAGUGUCUUUCCCAGAUAGGUUGGUGGCGCAAGAGUUCAAGACAAAGUGUGAGGCGGCGUUGGAAGAGUGUUUGCAGAGGUUGCCGGGGUUGAAGAUGAAGAAGGGGGCGCAGGUGGAUGUGGCUGGGAAGGCGUGGGAGAAGAAGGCCGAGGCAGAUCGGCUAGGGGAGGGGGAAGGGGUGGAGUGGGUGAGCGGGGCGGAAUACCAAAAGACAAAGAAGGCGAGGAUCUGGAAGGAUGUGGCGCUUUUAGAGGAAGGGGAGGGGGUCAAGAAGAGGUUGGAUCCUGGAAAGUAG